GCGACUAAGACAGAUUUCGAAUAGCAAUGGAGCAAGGGAUUACCUUCGAUCUGUACGUCCUCCCCGAAGGUUGUAUUUCGAAUAUUCUAUCCCUCACAUCUCCUACAGAUGCGUGCAGGUCGUCGGUUGUUUCUUCUGUUUUCCGAUCGGCGGCCAAUUCUGACUCGGUGUGGGAGAAGUUCUUACCCUCCGAUAUCCACCAGAUCCUCUCCUCAUCGGUUUCCCCGUCGUCUCUGCCGAAUUUCUCGUCUAAGAAGGAGCUCUUUCUUCAUCUCUGCGAUAAUCCCCUUCUUAUCGACAGGGGCAUUAAGACCUUCGGAUUGGAGAAGUGCAGUGGGAAGAAGUGUUUCAUGAUUGGAGAAAAAGGGCUUACCGUUGUCUGGGGUGAUACCCCAAGGUAUUGGAAAUGGAGAUCCGACCCUGAAUCCAGGUUUUCAGAGGUGGCUGAGCUCGUGAACUUGUGUUGGCUCGAAAUCCGCGGCAAGCUGGAGACACGACUGCUGUCUCCAAACUCAACCUACGGAGCUUACCUGGUGCUCAAGUUCACGGACAACGCCCACGGAUUCAAGGAUGUGCUUGCAGAUGUUUCAGUCAAAUUGGCCAAUGAUGGUGGUGCUGAAGAGGGAGAGGUGAAGUUUGUCUAUUUGGGUCCUGAGCAGCAGCUUGGACGACAGGAGGGACAAGGACUCAUGGAGAGAGGGGAUGGGUGGAUGGAGAUAGAGAUGGGUGAGUUCUUCAAUGAAAGAGAUGAAGAUGGGGAAGUUGAGAUGAGUCUCUUGGAGGUCAAAUCUGGUAAUUGGAAGUCUGGUCUCAUCAUACAAGGUAUUGAGCUCAGGCCCAAAGUGAGCCAGUUGAGAAGCAGUAAUCAAUAUGAGCAUGUUUGA